AAGGAAACAGAAAGCAGAUGGCAGCAAAACAUCCUCGCCUGACACACUUUCAAAGGAGGAUAGUUCAGAAUGUGACCCUACACCAUCUAAUAGAAGCAAGCUGGAAAAGGAGUUCAAAGGGAAAGAAGAAAAGACAUCAGUGUCACUACAGAAUUACCACGCUUUUUUCCGAGAACUGGACAUUGAGGUCUUCUCUGUUAUGCGUUGUGGGCUUGUGACCAAGUUCAUCUUAGAUACUGAAAUGCACACUGAAGCUACGGAAAUUGUGCAACUUCAGCCUCCUGAGCUGCUUUUCUUGCUGGAAGAUCUCUCCCAGAAACUGGAGAAUAUGCUGACACCCUCUGUUGCCAGGAGAAUCCCCUUCCUCAAGAGUAAAGGAAACCGGAAUAUUGGAUUCUCACAUCUCCAUCAGAGAUCUGCCCAAGAAAUUGCUCAUAGUAUUGUUCAACUGCUAGCUCCAAUGUGUAACCAUCUGGAGAACAUUCACAACUAUUUUCAGUGCUUAGCUGCUGAGAACCAUGGUGUAGUUGAUGGCCCAAGAAUGAAAGUUCAGGAGUACCACAUAAUGUCUUCAUGCUAUCAGAGGCUACUGCAGAUUUUUCAUGGGCUUUUUGCUUGGAGUGGAUUUUUACAGCCUGAAAAUCAUAAUUUACUGUAUUCAGCCCUUGAGGUCCUUACCAACCGACUGAAGCAAGGAGAGCCCGACCAGUCCUUGGAGGAAUUGCUCAGCCAGAGCUUCAAUUACUUGCAGAAUUUCUCUCACAGCGUUCCCAGUUUCCAGUGUGCUCUUUAUCUCAUCAGACUUUUGAUGGUCAUUUUGGAGAAAUCUACAGCUCCUACUCAGAACAAAGAAAAAAUUGCUUCGUUGGCCAAACAGUUUCUCUGUCGGGUGUGGCCAAGUGGGGAGAAAGAGAAGAGUAGCAUCCCUACUGAACAGCUCCAAACUUUGCUCAGCAUUUACCUGGAGCAUACAAACAGUGUUCUGAAGGCCAUAGAGGAGAUUGCUGGGGUUGGUGUCCCAGAACUGAUCAAUUCUCCUAAAGAUGCAUCUUCUUCCACGUUCCCUACCCUGACCAGGCACACCUUUGUCAUUUUCUUCCGUGUGAUGAUGGCUGAACUAGAGAAGACAGUAAAGGGUCUUCAGGCUGGCACAGCAGCAGACUCACAACAGAUUCAUGAAGAGAAGCUCCUCUACUGGAAUAUGGCUGUUCGAGACUUCAGUAUCCUCAUCAGCCUGAUAAAGGUGUUUGAUAGUCGUCCUGUUCUGCAUGUAUGUUUGAAGUAUGGACGUCUCUUUGUGGAAGCAUUUCUGAAGCAGUGUAUGCCGCUCCUAGACUUCAGUUUUAGAAAACACCGGGAGGAUGUUCUGAGCUUACUGGAAACCUUCCAGCUGGAUACGAGGCUGCUUCAUCACCUGUGUGGGCAUUCCAAGAUUCACCAGGACACGAAACUCACCAAACAUGUGCCUUUGCUCAAAAAGACCCUGGAGCUUUUAGUUUGCAGAGUGAAAGCCAUGCUUAUCUUCAACAAUUGCAGGGAGGCUUUCUGGCUGGGCAACCUCAAAAACCGGGACUUGCAGGGUGAAGAGAUUAAGUCCCAGAACUCCGAGGAGAGUGAGGAUGAUACAGCAUCCCAGGUUUCCAAGAGCAAAGCAACGGAGGAUGGUGAAGAUGAUGAAGUAAGUGAUGGAGAAAAGAAGCAAGAUAGUGAUGAGAGUGAUGAUGACUCCAACUAGACCACAGAGAGACGGAUGCCCCUUCUCCAUCUCUGCUAGCCUCUUCCCAUUUUGUGUUCAGGGUUUGGAAUCUGCGGUCUUACCUUCCUUACCGGAAGCAUCCUGUUUUGUCAUUAGGAGGGUGGGCUUUACUGAAUCACCUUAAUUGUGAAUUUCACAGGUCAUCUAACAUCAUCAAAGACCCUGGCUCAGGAUUCCACUGUAGCGUUACUUACCAGUCUGGGCAAACAUGGCAGUGCUUUGCUGUGGAAUAGUCAACAAUUCUGGGCUUUGAAAGCUAGUUUUGAAACUUAGAAAUUUAGGAUUGUACCAGUUUUACAAAUAAAUUCUGUUUUAAGUUUUGCCUCAA